AUGGCUCUCCCUUCGAAACGUGUCGCUGUGAUCGGUGCAGGUAUCAGUGGUGUCGUUGCUGCGGCCCACCUCAAGAAAGAAGACAUCGAUGUCACCGUCUUCGAGCGAAGUAGUGCUGCAGGAGGCAUAUGUCCAUGCUAUGUUGGCUUGAAAAACAACGUGAGCACCCGCUUACUGGAAACCACGUUGAACAGGUUUCCGGCUGGAACUGACGACUAUGUAACGCACGAUGUUUUGGCCGAUUAUAUACAGAAAACCGCCAUUGUGACAGGAGUGCACGAAGCCACAAAAUAUGAUACGAACGUGAAAAAUAUCUGGAAAGAUGGCAAUUCAUGGUCAGUCGAGACGACGAUUCUGCAAACAGAUAGUGCUGGUAUAGAGAGGUGGAACACUUCUACUCAGAAAUUCGACGCUGUAGUCGUUGCUUCGGGGCAUUACCACGCACCACGGGUUCCAGAUACCCCUGGUCUGGUAGACUGGAAGAAGAGAUGGCCAGAUAGGGUAGAACACUCGAAGCGCUAUAGAAAGCCCGAAAAUGCCGAGAGAAAGAACUAUCUGCUUGUCGGUGGAAGCGUCUCAGCAACGGAUAUUGCGCGUGAGCUCGGCCCGUAUGCCAACAAAAUCAUCCAAAGCCAAAGAAACGGAAAAUUUGAUCUUCCUACUGUAAUGCUUCCCGAAAAUGCCUACCGAGUCGACGAGGUGGUGUCGUACGAUGCGCCCAGCGCAGAUGAAUCGAAGCCAUUAGGCCCCUCGGAAGCGAUACUAGGCACAGUGACUCUCAAAUCGGGCGAGAAACUCUGCGACAUUCAUCAUGUCAUACUUUGCACAGGCUACCACAUCACAUUGCCGUUUCUGCCUCAACUUCAUUCGGACAACACGCCGGCCGACCAGGCAGACGAUACAAUGUUGGUGACUGAUGGAACACAGUUCCACAACCUUCACAAGGACAUCUUCUAUAUCAACGACCCUACAAUUGUGUUUGUUGGCGUGCCUUUCUUCACUGCCACAUUCACCUUGUUCGAGUUCCAAGCCAUGGCCGUUGCCAAGGUGCUCUCUGGCCAGGCGAAACUUCCAAGCCAAGAAGCCAUGCGAUCCGAGUACAAUGAGAGAUUAAAUACAAAAGGCUAUGGCAAAGCAUUUCACAGUCUACGGGAGCAAGAGGCAGACUACGUUAAUGAGCUUUUAGCUUGGAUCAAUGCUGAUUUGGAGAAGGCUGGCAGAGACAAACUCAAUGGGCACAGCAGUCAAUGGCACACUGCAAAGGCAGAAAUCAUGGCAAGGAUGAAGGCGCUUUUCGCCACACCUGUCUUGCAAAAGAGACUCGAAGUAACAUGUCUGUAGAAUGAAUUGUAUCACGU